GCACAUUUUAAAAAUGAAUAUCAUCAUUCUACACUUUACCUGCAUGGCUUUUCUCAAUUCUGCAAAUGCAGCGACGAGAGAAACUGGAGGAAGUUCAUCAGUCCCACAUUUAGAUAACCCUGGAGGAAGCCGCAUUUACACAGAUGCAGUGAUGAGACAAUCUGAAGGAAGUUCACCAGGCCAUGAUUUUAAUAUUUCUGGAGGAAGCCGCGUUUAUAUACAAACUAAAGGUCGAGGCAAAGAAAUUUUUGCUGGAGUUCUAAUUCCCGUUGGUCCAGAUAAAAUUCCUACCUGGAUAUAUCAACAAUUUCAACAAACCAAUUCAAUGGAGCAUGUUUAUGUAUCCAUACCUCGGGAGACUGAAGCAAAUCAUUUCAUAGCAAAUCUCAAAACUGUUCAGGUCAAUAUUUAUAAUAUAUUAAACUCCCGCUGUAUUAUAAAACAUAGUAACUCUGUUUCAACAACAACGCUUAAGCCUUACAAUUGGCAACUAGCGACUUCUGGAAUCCCGGCCAUUUUUGUACGACUUCCAGAUGAAAAUCACACCAGUUUGGGGGGAGUUCUACGUUCUUGGAAUGAAGAGGACGGUAUUCUUCCUAAAUGGGUUCGUUGAAAAAACUGGGUAUUAAGGAUUCGCGACAAAUAUUUUUUAUAUAUUGUCAAGUAUUGUAUUAUACCUUAGAUAAAAGAAACUGUAAAUUAGCCUUAUCCAGCGAGGAUAAGCAUGCGUGAUACGAAUUACUACAGGUAUGGUUGUAACAAAAUUUUUU